AUGAUUGGCCCCUCGUCGCAAAUCAGCAAGCUCUUACUCACCCUGCUGAUCUUCGUAAUAUUGUUUUAUUUAUAUAUGGACUUUAACCUAUACGUAAGAAUACAGAAGUAUCCAUUAAGUAAUGAUAAAAGUAAUUCGAGUUUGGAAACUUACGAAGACGUGACUUGGGUGAGCUGUCAUAUCAAUCCUCUAUGCGAAGUUACUGUUAAAGCUGUGCUACUAGAUCAUACAAAUUAUUACCUCUUCGCGCCUUUGGUGCAAAUCGUCGAUGAUAUACUAAAAAUAAGUGAAACAAAAUGGAUAACCCCUAACUCGAUAAGUUUUUUCCAUAUACUCGUUGCUUUUCUUAGUGCUAAGUGCGUUUCUAGUAAUAGUUUAGCGUAUAGAAGAAUAGGAGUGGUGUUGUUCGAGAUAAGAACGUGGCUAGAUGACCUUGAUGGUCACGUGGCGAGAGUGAGAAAACAUAUAAAAGGGGAACGUUCGGAAAUCGGUACGGCCGGUUACUACAUCGAUGGCAUUUGCGACGCCAUCGGUUGCACUGCCUUAAUAAUCGGAAUAUUCGUGUUUCUCAAGAACAAUCCUCCUAGAAGAGGAUAUAUCCAGCUGCCUACCACCGUAGACAGCAAAGAAACCAAUAUUGUUCAUAGUUUAAAAGUUACUACAAAGAAAGUUGUGAGGAAAGUUUGUUGUUUCGCCUUUCAGCUUAUCAUCAGUUCCACGGCGUGGAACAGGUACAUAGCUUUGUACCAAGACAUGCUAGAAAACCCAGAUGCAUCGGCCGAUGAUAAAGUUAAGCAGCAGGAAGUUUUCCGAACUUCUUUCUUCUUCCUCAUGGCGUGGUUGUGGCGCGUUAUCAACGUCCACAAUCUGAUGCACGUGUUGCUGCUUUCAAUAUUUUGUGAUAAGUUAUGGGAAUUCCUAAGAAAUAUACAAUACGUUGGUUAUGGAAUAUUAUUGUCUGUUAUCUGCGUGACUGAGAUCAAUAUUAUUGAUGUUAAAAAUUUUAUUUUUCACAAGCUGAACGGUACUGAUACAUUAUGA